AGCAUCCAUAAGUCAGAAACCUUCUUCCUCUGUGGGCCCUCUAAGAAGUACACAUUCAUCUGUAGGAGGGGAAAAAGUAAUCCGUCACCAUGAGUACGGACGCUGAGAUGCAAAUCUACGGCAAGGCUGCCAUAUACCUCCGUAAGCCUGAGAGGGAAAGGAUUGAGGCACAAACCGCACCCUUUGAUUCAAAGAACUCCUGCUAUGUGACAGACAAGGCGGAGCUGUACCUUAAGGGUCUGGUCACUGCCAGGGCCGACGGGAAGUGUACUGUAACAGUCACGAAACCUGACGGCACUAAGGAGGAAGGAAAAGAGUUCAAAGAUGCAGACAUCUAUGAGAUGAAUCCCCCUAAGUACGACAAGAUUGAGGACAUGGCCAUGAUGACCUACCUGAAUGAAGCCUCUGUGUUGUAUAACCUCAAAGAGCGUUAUGCAGCAUGGAUGAUCUAUACCUACUCUGGGCUCUUCUGUGCCACGGUGAACCCCUACAAGUGGCUCCCUGUGUACGACGCAGAAGUUGUCAAUGCCUACAGAGGGAAGAAGAGGAUGGAGGCUCCACCCCAUAUCUUCUCCGUCUCUGACAACGCCUUUCAGUUCAUGAUGAUUGAUAAGGAGAACCAGUCAGUCCUGAUUACUGGAGAAUCCGGUGCAGGAAAGACUGUCAACACCAAGCGUGUCAUCCAGUACUUUGCAACAAUUGCAGUGUCUGGUGCCAAGAAGGAAGCAGAACCUGGCAAAAUGCAGGGGUCUCUUGAGGAUCAGAUCAUUGCAGCUAACCCUCUGCUGGAGUCUUACGGUAAUGCCAAGACAGUGAGGAAUGACAACUCGUCUCGCUUUGGUAAAUUCAUCAGGAUUCACUUCCAAGGUGGUAAACUGGCUAAAGCUGACAUUGAAACCUACCUGCUGGAGAAGUCCAGAGUGUCCUUCCAGCUGCCCGAUGAGAGAGGCUACCACAUCUUCUUCCAGAUGAUGACAGGCCACAAACCUGA